AGCAAUUUUUGCUAAUCUGUUGGAUUUUGACACAUCCGCUAGAUAGCUACACUACUGCAUGUAGAUACAGUACUGUUGCCGGAAGUUACGAUGCGAAACCUAUUUUUCGGUGCUGAGCGGUUGCGCAUUGUCAUCGUACUGGCACUAAUUUCUUGUCCGAGUUGGAUCGGUCGCUGCACCAGUGCAGUCGCCAUAGCGAAAUUGAAUUCCACAGAUCCGAUACCAACGACAUUCACCAGAGAAACUUUGUUUGGAUCAUUCCUGUAUUCCAGGGUGGUGAUUCCCGACGGGCAGAGGUAUAACAUCAGCUGUCCCCGUGCGGAUGACCCACCGUUAUCCGCCGAAGCACAGCUGAAACAGCAUUAUGGGGUUACAAUGGCCCAAGCUAAAUAUAAAACAUCAUCCCCGACAAAUUCAACUACAAGCUGUCGGGAUUUUAAUGCACUUGGUGACUUCAAAAAAGCCUGCCAGCAAGGUGAACCUUCGUGUGUCGUCACAUCCAAGGAUCCUGGGAAUGAUACGGGAUGCAAACACCGACCUUUGACCUUAGCAUGGUCCUGCAUACCAGAGUCUAAUUUCGACUCAAUGCGCCGAAGAAUUAUGGUGAUCGACAUAAUAGAUUGAGAGCUACCCAUCGUAGCACACACCUAGCCUCAAAAUGAAAUGUGCAAGCAACACCGCUGGUUAGUGCUACUCUUUCCACAGUAGUGGAAAUUUACUGCAUUUCCUAUCUGCAGAUUCCAGUAUAAAAUUAUCAAAUGCUCCAGAUCCUUCGGCAUACUUGUAUAAUACUCGUAUCAUGCAAGUAUUGACCGUACUGUACAUAAACAUUUACAACAAUUAUGAUGUUCACUAUUACGAUGUACCGGUACCGCUUGCAUGCAGAUUUAUGUCACCAAGACUGAACGUUGCUUACAAUUAAUCAAAUCGUUACAUGAG